AUGAUGAAUGAACGACAGAAGAAGAAACGAAGGUCCAAGAGGAAUGUCAGUGAAAGUGCCUCCCAAGAACAUGCCACUGAGCAGGCUUUGGCUUUGGGCACUGCCUCUGGAUCUGUCCUGCUCUACAGCAUAAUCAAGGGUGAACCAAUCCAAGAACUGAAUGAGGGACAUUCAAAAGCUGUUCAAGGCAUGUCAUUUCGGAGUUGUGAUGAAACACUCUUCACAUGUUCUGCUGAUCACUAUUUAAUAGAAUGGGAUACCUAUAAAGGCUCUGUCAGGAGGCAAAUAGAUGAAGCAAAGUCCAAAGCUACUGCAGUUGCGACAUUGAUGUUGUCAGAUGAACCUAGGCAUUUGGAUAUGGUUGCAGCUGACACUCAUCAUUCCACAACACUAGUUGCAACCACAGCAGCUCAGGAAAUUGAGAUAUUCGAGUUCCAGCUGAAUGGUCAUCAUCAGGAGCCGGUGAAACCCUGUUCAAGGAUUCAAAUACGGUCAAAGCAAGAGAAUUCUUUCUCAGAGGAUCCUCAAAAGCAAAGAAUAUUUGGGGGAAAAGUCCUGCACCAGGGUUCAUCAAGGAAACUUCUGCUAGCCUAUGGCUCUGCAUUGAAGCCAUCCUUUGAGAAUCUGGUGAUGAGCGGAAUGAAGGCAAAAAGGGCCAGGUUUCUUGGCCCAGGGACAAUAGGUAUUGUCCCUGUUGGAAAGGAACCAUCAUUGCCACUUCUCAUGGAGGCCAAGGAAGCCUUUGGUGGGGGCAAAUCAUCACAAAGAGAGACAUCUUACAUGGAUGGGAAGAAGGCAAAGGAGAAGGAAAGGAAAGGAACAGGGGAUGAAACUAUAGGUGAAAGACUAGAAACCAUGAAAAGAGAUUCAGCUCAAGCCACAGCUCCUCCAAUGGACGGUCUUGCUCAUCUUCUUCUCCAGGGACUGCAGAGCAAUGACAAAGCGGUGCUGAGAAGUGUGUUAGACCGGACAGAAGAAUCUGUGAGGAAGGGAACAAUCUGUCGAUUACCUGUACCAGCAAUCUCUCCUCUCAUUAACACACUUCAAAAGCUCAUUGCUCAAAAGAGGGCGGUCGGGGCCAACACACAUCUCGCUCAGUUUCAAUCAGAAAAUGUAUGA